UCCAUUAUAGUAAAUUAUGAAGGUGAUUCGGAUAUUGAAUACAAUACAGAAGUAGAUGAUGUUUUUGAAGUACCACCACAACAGACACGCCGCUCCACUCCGAAAAAGAAAUGGAUUACACCACGAUUAUGCGCCGCACUUGAUAAAGCGAAGUUGUCGAACAGAGAGGCGAUGCAUAUAUUGAUGGCAACGGUAGAUGCUUUGAAGAUUCCUGCCGUUAAUUUAGUCCUAAAUCGUACUUCUCUACAAGAAUCGCGUGAGGAAAAUCGACGAAUUCAAUAUGAUGAAUCAAAAUCCGAUUUCAUAGACAACUUAAGUACUAACGAUCGUUUAGUGGUUCACUGGGAUGGAAAAAUUUUGAAUGAUUUGUGCGGCAGAUCCAAGGUAGAUCGUAUAGCAGUUCUUGUUAGCUACAAUGGAAGUUUCAAAUUUUUAGGAGCUCCGAAAAUUGAAUCGGGUACGGGAAAACAUAUUGCUCAAGCCGUUUAUAAUAUUCUAGUUGAAUGGAACAUUUCUGAAAGAGUUGUGGCCUGCAGCUUUGAUACAACUUCCUCAAAUACUGGCCAUAAAAGUGGUGCUUGUGUUCUUUUGGAAGAACUUCUCGGCCGGAAACUCAUUUAUCUUGCAUGCCGCCAUCAUUGUUCAUGAAAUUGUGCUUAAAAAUGUCUUUGAGAAGAAGUGUGGCAGCAGCAGUGCACCUGAAACUCUAAUUUUCAAUCGAUUCGCUGAUGUAUGGCACGAAAUCAAACGAGAUCAAUUCAAUUCUGGCCUUGAUGACUCAAUUGUCUGCUCAAAAAUUCCCAAUGAUGAACGUGAACAAAUUAAACAGUUUUGCCAAAACCAAAUCAAACAUACUCAAAUACGUAGCGAUUAUAAGGAGCUGUUGGAGCUCACGAUCACAUUCCUUGGUGGUGACGGUGGCGCUUUUCGUACAUGUGGUGCAACCUCUGAUGCAAGAUUUAUGUCAAAAGCAAUUUAUUGUCUGAAAAUUUUCCUGUUUCGUGGCCAAUUCAAUUUAUCUAAGAGAGAGCUCAAUUCUAUUCGAGAUGUUUCAAUUUUUGUCGUUAAAAUUUACAUUAAAGUCUGGUACGGAUGUACGAAUUCUAUUGAAUCUCCCAAUCAAGAUUUGAAUUUUUUGCGUGCCGCUAACGAAUAUUCCAAAAUUGAUAUAGAUAUAUCUGCCGCAGUAAUUGAAAAAAUGAUGAAUCACUUGUGGUAUCUGACUCCAGAAACAGUGGCGCUGGCAUUUUUUGAUGCCGAGUAUGUGACUCGUCACUGAAAGCUGUAGACUCUACGUAUUGGAAUCGUACCAUCAGUCUACUCAGUCACAGUCUUCUUUUUCAAACUUUUCCCAGAAAAGAUCC